AUGAUAUUGCUUAUCUUCAACCAUCCGCAGAAGCUGCAAGCACCUAGAAAAAAAAACGUGCUCUACCAAAGAAUCGCGAACCAUGAUUUCACAAGUUUGGUAGGCGCGAGACUCGGCAACCCGCGAACCAUUAUGCAAUAUGCAAUAUACAAUUAUGCAUCCUGUCAGACCCUCCUCCCACUACGAGAAGACGAAGAUCUUUGCAGUUGCAAAUCUCACGUCUCAUACCACAGGACAUCUACUGAGUCAGAGACAGUGUCUCCCAGCCCCAUUCUCACCGUUUCAACAAACAGCCAUAUUGGGAAAGCAGGGGCAGAAUGUCAAACACGUAAAAUAACGCGCACGGCACCGGAAAUAUCGCAUGAAUCCGAAACCCAAAGCGAGGAAACUUAUCUGCAGCUCAAAUGUCUUAUCAACAUCCCAGAUGUGUACAGUACAGUACAGUACCAUGCGAGCCGCAGAAUUGCACAGGAUAUCGGGCUCCACAACAUCAUCCUACAUAAGAUCGUGCGCCGUGCCAUGGGGUACAUGGCCAAAACCUCUCAACCUACAGUACAGUACGGUGGGUAUGGGGAAACAAGACAGUCAGGAUCAGAUCAGAACGGACGCAAUAACAUCGAUGACUACUAUCAUGAUGAUAUGGAAUUUUAUGAUUGUUGUCUUGUUGUUGGUCCCCUCAAUCUCCACACGCCAUGUCCUUUCCAAGAAAAGAAACACUUUUCCCAACCGAUAAGAAAGCUAAUUGAUAUGGGUGGUCUCGAUCAUCAUCAAAAGGGAGGGGACUGUCGACCUGCAUCUUCACAUGCGAUUGAUAUUAUAGAGAGGAUUUACGGUAUAGAUUCUCCUCACCUAUACCUUGCAAUCGCAUUAUUCGAAGCUCAUAUCAUCAUGGUUGCAGUCCGGAGUCGGGCAUCGUCCUGUCUGUCUGACGAGAGAUUGAUUGCUUCAUUGUCACACAACCUCCUGCACUCCGCAUUCUUCACAUUUCUAAGGUUCGAGGCGAGAACACGAAUGUUGCAGAUAGAUGUCGUGCUCGCGCCUCAUUUUGUGAAGUCCUUGGCUACCAUUGCCGCCGCCGCCGUGACAUUCAGAAUCGUCUCACGUUUAUCAAAUUCGUCAUUUGAUCCCGACAGUUGCAUCUGUCUACAACCAAUGAUUGAUCUCCACUUGCUCAUCUCACAGACUCACACCUUGUUAGACGCGUUGUUGAGUCGUGGCAAAGCGGAUAGGACGGACGCCAACAAGGAUUCCCGUUCAUCAGACCCUUGCCUUGAUCAUGAGAGAUUGUACUGUAUACAGUAUCAAAAUCCGCGAAGGAUUACUCGGAAUGCAGACGUAUCACGAUAUUUUAGGCAGAUCCAUGUUGGAGAAUGCAACCAGACUGAGGGUAUGCUCGGCAUAAACGAGCGGUCGGCGAUCAAUGACAGCAAACCAAGCAACAAUUUCCUUGGAAAAGAGCCCGAUUGCCACUGCGUAGACGCGCCGCAGUCCUGGCAGACCAAACGCGAGCUCAUGCUUGAGCUGCAGGGAUUCUUGCGCCAUGGAUAUCUAAAAUGCCGGCUUCGGGACCUUGAAGGUUGUAAGUGUAUAGCAUUGUCUCCUAUGCAGGAGGUUGAUGGAAAAGGGCAUCAUGUCCUGGAUCCACUCCCAGAGCUGAUGUCCUUGUGUGGUCUGGAGCGCAUAUACAAAUUUCGUGGGGUCGGCAGGAUUGCGGGUCUUCAUGGAGACUUCGGCCCAUCAAACUUGACCGAUUCAGACCGAGACCAGGUCAUUUCUCCCGGAGCUGUUGAUCAAUACGGCUUUGUCAACAGUACAGAGCACACGAUGAUGCAGCAGGAUCAGAGCGGCUAUGGCUGGUCCCUCUCCGCAAAAGUAGGGCAGCUUGACGUCCUUCCAUGCAUAUUGAAUUGUUGGAUGGGAGUGCGGGCAAACAAGGAGGCUGAUCAUGGGCUGGCCCUGCGAUUAGCAUAUGCUCCUUCACUUAAGCGACAGGCAUAUUGGGGAUCAGAAAGUGCUGAUGCCUCAACGCAGGGUCUCGAGCCGCCGACGGGCAGCCGCAGAGAGACCGUCGAAGGCAGAGAUGAACGUACCCCAGGACCGAGGAGAUACGUACCUUUCCAGACACAACGACUUUUGAUGAGAGGCUGGGCGUUGGGCAGAUGCUUUGCAACGCAACACAUGAUGAGGUCGACGUGGUGGAGGCGGCGGACAUUGAGGUGGCGUCUGCAAGACACAAGUCCAGACUUCGACCCACGGCGAAGGAAGGCGAAGGGCGACGGCAAGAAGUCCUUGACCUUUGUCAGCCGUCGUACUGUACAAGCCGAUGUGAGGUUGCUUGUUGGCUUGGACCUGCUGAAUUCCUUGGCUGCGAGCUCUGACACGUGA